AUUUGACUAUCGUUUCUUCUAUUGAAGUUAAGUUCAUAUUGUUGGCUUUUAUCGAUCCUGAUAAAACCAGAUCGACCUUAACAGUGUGCAAGGUUUAACAAAACAAAAACAAUGAUUAACACUAAAAACCUUAAAGGUGCUUAAAAAUUUAAAACGCAAACGAAAUUUAAAAUAUAAAUUGAACAAUACAAACGGUGCAUCUUCAACGCAAAUAAUUGAUAAGUGUGGAUUAUACAGAAUUCAGACGUAGAUGUGCGCUAAAUAAAUAACUUUAUAAAAAUAACUACAUAAUAUACGUUUGUUUUCGUUCAUUUGACCUAAGCAGAUUUUUUUUACAAAAAUGGUGAACUGGUUUCGUUUCAAAUUUGGAAUCACAGCACUGGUGGUUCAGUUGUUUUUUAUCCUGAUGUUUGCGUGGUUGGUGGAAUAUGAGCACGAUUAUGGAAACGUGGAAGCGCCGAUUAACGGGAAUCACACAUCGGAGACCGGACGUCUGUACCCACCAUUUCAGGAUGUUCACGUAAUGAUUUACAUCGGGUUCGGCUUCUUAAUGACCUUCCUCAGUCGCUAUGGUUACACGGCGGUGGGCAUCAACUUCUUUCUAGCAUCGAUAGCUGUGCAGUGGGCCAUUCUCGUGCGCGGAUUUACGAAAUACGAAGUAUUCAAGGGAGACAAAUACGACGCAGUCGCCAAAGAGUUGAUCAGCCUGGAUUUCGCCGCCGCCACGGUGUUGAUCUCGUUCGGGGCGGUACUUGGGAAGACCACGCCCCUUCAGCUGCUGGUGAUGACAUUGAUCGAAAUUGUCGUCGCUCAAAUCAACCAACUGAUCUGCACGAGAUUUUUCUCGGCGUCAGACAUUGGAGAGUCGAUGUACAUCCAUGCAUUCGGGGCGUAUUUCGGUCUCGCAGUUUCUCGCGUCCUCUACGACAAGCGGGUGAAAGAUGCCACGAAAGCCAAGCCAGUGUACCAUUCGGAUCACUUCUCGAUGAUCGGUACAAUCUUCCUGUGGUUGUAUUGGCCGAGUUUCAACGGCGGCGCGGCGUCGGACGACGAGCAGCAGCGAGCCUACAUUAACACGUACCUGUCACUCGCCGCAUGCACCGUGGUCACGUUCGCUCUUUGUGCCAUCUAUGAUGAAAACGGAAAAUUUAAAAUGGAGUAUAUACAGAAUUCCACGCUCGCCGGCGGAGUGGCUGUUGGUACGACCGCCAACAUGCCGCUACAUCCGUUCGGCGCCCUCAUCAUGGGUUCUGUUGCCGCCAUCAUAUCGGUCACUGGGUAUAGAUUUGGCUCGGCGUUCCUGGCAGACAAGUUGCGCAUCCAUGACACGUGUGGCGUCCACAACCUGCACGGCAUGCCGGCUCUGCUUGCGGCGAUUGCCGGCGCCGUCCUGGCGGCCAUGGGCUCAACCGAGAAGUGGGGUCAAAGCUACCACCAGAUAUUUCCCCACACAGCUCCGAUAUCCGAGGGUGGCAAGGGAUGGACGAAUAUUCAGCAGGGCGGGUACCAGAUGGCUGCCCUCGCGCUCACCCUCGGGAUCGCCAUAUUCACCGGCAUCAUCACUGGGUUCAUGAUGAAGCUGCCGAUAUUCGAUCAAGAUCAGAUCAAGGACGCAGACGACAUGUUCGAGGACUCAGUUUUCUGGGUUCUCCAUGAAGAAGAGCACCUGCCCAUGAAACACGGCGGGGAACAAAAUGGUGAUAAGCACAAAGAAAUGGAGCUUCGACAGCGAACAACUGUGGGCGAACAUGGCAUACAUCUUUAAACGUGGGUUACCCUUCUAAAUGGAAUUUUGCCUUUUUAUAAGCGGCCAAGAUGAUGCGACACGGGUUUCCACGGAAAAGGUCCGGAAUGAAAAAGACAGCCUGAAGUAUACUCAGCGAGUGCUUAUAAACUUUACUAUAGCAUGGUCACACAAUGUUGUCACAGACGAGUCAUCGUUGAAUGAAUGCAUUAAACAAAUACCAGAGUGUCAUUUGAAUUAAUUAAAUCAUCAGCCGAAUUGUCGCAAAAUGCAAAUGAACCCGCCGAAAUAUGUAUCCCUGCAUAAAGGCAUUAUGGUAGAUUUCGUCACUUUCGUGCAAGACCGUCAUAGUACAAAAACGUUAGAGCCAGAAAUAAAUCAUAAAAUAUAAUUCAGACAAAAAUUACAUUUUGCGAGACUGGUAAUUAGCUACAGCGAUUGAUGUUUUCUUAUACUAAGAAAAUAAUUGUAAUCAAAUAAAUCAAUACUUCCUAAAUACAUUAUACCGUGAAAUAUAUAUGUGUUUAUAGACAUGUAUCCAAUAUAAUUAAUUUGCUAUAAACGUGAACACAAUAUUAAAAUGUAUUAUGGUACAAAUAUGCCUAUCCUAAAAGUGUAAUGUUCACUUUAUUCAGAUGUGUGUUGUUUAUAUCAAUGUCGAUAGCCUAUAUAUUCACAUAUGUGUUAAGAUUAUCAUGAAACGCUAAUGUCAUUACAGAGCAAAGGUUUAUUAAUCAAUAACUCCCUUUUUUUCUCUGUGUAAUUUCUGUUUCUAGUUUUACUGUCAGUGCUGCAAAUGUAAACACAUUUAAAUAUUUGUUUAUUUCAGGCAUUUAUUAAAAUCUUGUCAAAUAGUAUA